AUGAACGAGUACAAGAACUUCGUGGGGAGCAUUUUGGAGAAGAACCUGCUGUCGUUCAUGCUGUCGUCGAUCGACAAGCUGCACCAGCCCAAGUCCAAGACGCUCGUGUUCACCACGCCCGCCCCGCGCAGCCUGUGGAACAAGAACAAGGGCCCCAUCACCAAGGUCCUCCACAUCAAGGCGUUGGAGGUGGCGCGACAGAUGACGUUGAUCGACUUCGACCUGUACUGCAAGAUCCGGCCGCGCGAGCUGUGCGAGGGGGCGUGGACCAAGGAGGACCGCUACACGACGGCGCCCAACAUCAUGAACCUCGUGCACCGAUUCAACCUCGUGGUCCGAUGGAUCGUGACGCAGAUCGUGCAGGCCAAGAACUCCUCCAAGCGAGAGGCCAUCAUCGCCAAGUGGAUCGACGUCGCCAACUACUUCCGCGAACUGAACAACUUCAACGGAGUCAACGAGGUGCUCGCCGCCAUGGGUUCCGCUGCCGUGCUGCGCCUCGAAUCCUUCAAGAAGAAAGAGAAUCAUCCGGUGCUACGCGAGCUGCGGGAGAUGCUGCAGCCGACGGGCAAUUACAAGGCCUUCCGCAAGGUGCUCAAGCAGGCCAACCCGCCCCUCGUACCCUUCGUGGGCUGCUUCCAGACCGACCUCGUCUUCAUCGAAGACGGCAACAAGAUCCUCCUCCCCAACGGACACACCCACUUUGCCAAGUGCUACAAGGUGGCGGCGGUGAUCCAGCAGAUCCAGCAGUACCAGCAGACGCCCUACAACCUGGCGGUGGUGCCCGCCAUCCGCGACUUCCUCCUCAACAUCAACCCUCUCACCGAGGAGGAGUGCUGGAACCUUUCCCUCGCCCUAAAGCCACUCGGCACGUGA